CCUGGAGCUCCUCUCAGUGCUGACAUGAUGACAGUGUGCAGGCCGGCCCAGGGCAGCCACAGCCAGACCGAAAACCUGAGCUACAAAUUGGCUGACAAGGUCAAGGUGGAAGAUCCAAAGACUGGGGAAAACCCUCAAAAGCAACCAAUUGGGUCCUUCAUUCCUUUCCUAGAGGCUGGUCAGGAGCCACCCUUCAGAAGGAGCACACUGGAAAGCCUCAGUAACCUCGUGCUAGAGUCAAGAGUGGACAUGUUCAGCUCAAAUAUGAUCAUCAGUGACCCAGCUGCAGAAGCCAGCAGGGCCGGGAAGAAGCAGCUCAGAGGUGGCCAGAACCCCCGCCCAUCUGCCAGAGUUGGAGCCCAGCACAAGUCUCUCAGCAUAAAGGAUAAGAUAUCAGAAUGGGAAGGGAAGAAGGAGUCACCCACUCCUGCACCGGGCAGGAGAGCAGACGGACAAGAGGAUUAUCUGAUGUCCUGUGUGGUGGGGAGGAGAAGUAGUGAUGGGGUGAGACCUCAGGCCACGGAGGCUAAGAAUGGAACAAGGCUGGAAACAGAGAGCAGAGAAAAUGAGAGGAAUAAAGCAGGACUGAAAGUUGGGGGACAGGACCCAGAGCAGAGGCAAGACCCAAGCCAACCCGACAGGGUGCUGGAUCCUAGCUUGGGCAGGGGCCGAGAGCUGAGGGUUGGCAAACGCUUUCAGAAUGAUCACCUCUCGGUGCUGAAGCAGGUCAAGAAACUUGAGCAGGCUUUGAAGGAUGGGUCGGCAGGGUUGGAUCCCCAGUUGCCUGGGACUUGUUAUUCCCCACACUGCCUGCCUGACAAGGCAGAGGAGGGACCCACCCUCUCUGAGAACCUGGGAGGCGGGGGAGGCUCAGAAGUCAGCCGGAGAGCCCACCACUUGGACCUGGAAGGCAGGGUGCCUGCCCCUGAGGCUGCUGAGGACAGGAAAGGUUCAUGCGGAAAGCCUGGGGACCAGAGCCUCGAGAGUGCGUACAGGGGCUCGGAGGGAUCCCCCCAAAAGCCCUUCAUCAACCCCUUGCCAAAGCCCCGGAGGACAUUCAAACAUGCCAGCGAAGGGGACAAGGAUGGGAACCCAGGCAUCAGCUUCAGGAAAGAGAAAAGAAACCUGCCUCCCCUGCCCUCUCUACCUCCCCCGCCCCUGCCCUCCUCUCCCCCGCCUCCCUCUGUGAACAGAAGGCCAUGGACUGGAAGACAGAAAUCCAGCGCUGACCACAGAAAGUCCUAUGAGUUUGAAGACUUACUGCAGUCUUCGUCUGAGAACAGCAGGGUGGACUGGUAUGCGCAGACUAAGUUGGGACUCACACGCACUUUAUCGGAGGAGAACGUCUAUGAAGACAUUCUAGAUCCACCAGUGAAGGAAAACCCUUAUGAGGACAUCGAGUUACAUGGCCGCUGCCUGGGGAAGAAGUGUGUCUUGACCUUUCCUGGUUCUCCCACCUCUUCAAUCCCUGACACACCCACCAAGCAGUCAUUGUCCAAACCUGCUUUUUUCCGGCAAAAUUCAGAGAGGAGAAACUUCAAACUGCUGGACACCAGGAAGCUGAGUCGGGAUGGAACUGGAUCCCCUUCCAAAAUCAGCCCCCCCUCCACUCCCAGCAGCCCUGAUGACACGUUCUUUAAUCUUGGAGACCCACAGAACGGCAGGAAGAAGAGAAAGAUACCCAAGCUGGUGUUGCGAAUCAAUGCCAUUUAUGAGGCUCGGAGAGGAAAGAAACGGGUGAAGAGGCUGUCCCAGUCCACGGAGAGCAACUCUGGAAAAGUGACAGAUGAGAACAGUGAGUCUGACAGUGACACAGAGGAGAAGCUGAAAGCUCACAGCCAACGCCUGGUCAAUGUGAAGUCCCGCCUGAAGCAGGCGCCUAGGUACCCGUCCCUUGACCGGGAGCUCAUCGAGUACCAGGAGAGGCAGCUCUUCGAGUACUUUGUGGUCGUGUCUUUGCACAAGAAGCAGGCCGGGGCUGCCUAUGUGCCAGAACUCACCCAGCAGUUCCCUCUGAAGUUGGAAAGGUCUUUCAAGUUCCUGAGAGAGGCUGAGGACCAACUAAAGGCUAUUCCCCAGUUCUGUUUCCCCGAUGCCAAGGAUUGGACUCCUGUCCAGCAGUUUACCAGUGAAACAUUCUCAUUUGUCUUAACUGGAGAAGACGGAAGCAGAAGGUUCGGUUAUUGCCGAAGACUGCUGCCUGGAGGCAAAGGGAAGCGUCUUCCUGAAGUUUACUGCAUUGUGAGCCGCCUGGGAUGCUUCAGCCUCUUCUCAAAGAUCUUGGAUGAGGUAGAAAAAAGACGAGGCAUCUCUCCUGCCCUGGUGCAGCCCCUCAUGAGGAGUGUCAUGGAAGCCCCUUUCCCAGCCCUGGGCAAAACCAUCCUUGUCAAGAACUUCUUGCCGGGUUCAGGAACUGAGGUGAUUGAACUGUGCCGCCCACUGGACUCCCGGCUCGAACACGUGGACUUUGAAUCUCUCUUCUCCUCUCUCAGCGUCCGCCACCUGGUCUGUGUUUUUGCAUCCCUACUUCUGGAAAGGAGGGUCAUUUUCAUUGCAGACAAGCUCAGCACCCUGUCCAAGUGCUGCCACGCGACAGUGGCGCUCAUCUACCCCUUCACCUGGCAGCACACCUACAUCCCGGUGCUGCCGCCUGCCAUGAUCGACAUCGUGUGCUCGCCGACCCCCUUCCUCAUCGGGCUGCUCUCCAGCUCGCUGCCGCUGCUCAGGGAGCUGCCGCUGGAAGAGGUCCUUGUGGUCGACCUGGUCAACAGUCGCUUCCUCAGACAGAUGGAGGACGAGGAUUCCAUCCUGCCCCGCAAGCUGCAGGUAGCCCUGGAACACAUUCUGGAACAGAGGAACGACCUGGCUUGUGACCAGGAGGAAGGGUCCCCUGACUGCAAGCACAGGUCAGAGAACAAGUGGACAGUGGCCUCCCUUCCUCUCGACCCUGUGCUAAGUGGGAAAACGGGUCUAUUUGAGGUCCGAGCCCAAGAGUAUCUGGAAACGCUCCCCAGUGGAGAGCACAGCGGUGUCAAUAAGUUCCUGAAGGGACUAGGCAAUAAAAUGAAGUUUCUCCACAAGAAAUAACCCUCAGCUCAGCCUCAAGGGAAAACUUCCUCCUAGUGCGACCGCAUGCUUUAAAAACAGUUCCUGGUGGCCUUUCUGAAAGGCUGGGUCCUUGGCUGUCCCAGUGCUGGGCUAGAGACCAGGACGGUUUCCUGCCACCACUGAGCUCUCCCCGGGGCCUGAGAGCUGCCCAGCGGACACCACGGAAAGGGAGCCUGAGACCAGGCCUGCGCCGACAUGCAAACGGAUUGUUUAGGUUUGGGGAUUGGGAGUUUUUUAAUCUUAGAUAUUAAAAAUAAGAAAAGUGUUUGGGUUCUCUUUUUAUUAUGCCAGGGCUAGGAAAAAUCUACCCUGCACUACUGUCCUUCCCUGGUUCGUCCUGUGCAGCGGCUCAGCUCUGGAGCCUGGAGCAGCAG